GUUCGUUGGAAUAGUGAGCACCGCAAGCGCGUGCAACUGUUGAUAUAUAUAUAUAUAUAUAUAUAUAUAUUUAUAUAUUUAUAUUUAUAUAUAUAUAUAUAUUGUCAAGUAUAUCGGUUCGGGCGAAUUUAUUUUUUUUUUUUGUUCCGCCGCCGCCGCCGUGCAGUGGGAGCUCUGAGUCCUUUCAGUAUUCGCGUCCACUCGUCCCCCGAAGGAAAUUAUUAUUGUAGUGUAACCGGUGGCGCAUAUUGGUUCUUACGCGUCGUCACACAGUGUUGUCGCCGAGAAGAAAUCCCUCACAGCUCCGCUACCGCAAAACGAUUAAAUAUAAUUAAUAGAUAUACACACAUAUUACAAUAAUAUUACAGUCUAUUGAAUAUUAAAGUCUUACACCGUCGCCAGCGCCGAACCGAAGAUUCACAAUGUCUUUCUUUCAGGAGGAGAACGACGAGUAUGAAGACGUGAGCACUGUUAUGGUUCGAAACUCUCAUCUAGAUCUCAUGGAUCAAGAUAUUUUAUAUCAUUUGGCUCUAGGAAGUGGUUCGCAUGAUCUAAGAGCCAUGUUCGGUGAUGUUAAGUUUGUGUGUAUGGGUGGAACGCCAAAACGCAUGGAACAAUUCGCUUAUAGAUUAAUGGAAGAAAUAUCAUACAAAAUACCUACAGGUACCACGUUACAGGACAUCAGUCGAUAUUCGUACAGAUAUUCAAUGUACAAAGUAGGCCCCGUUUUGUGUAUAAGCCAUGGAAUGGGCAUGCCUUCAGUGGGAAUCCUUUUACAUGAGAUCAUUAAACUGAUGUUCCACGCCAAAGUUGUAGAUCCUGUUUUCUUUAGGAUAGGUACAAGUGGUGGUAUUGGGCUGGAAGGUGGGACUGUGAUCAUUUCCGACGAAGCCGUGGAUGGAACUCUCCAACCACAUUUGGAAUUACAAAUUUUGGGAAAAACUGUGAAAAGAAGUUCAGUCCUUGAUAAGAAACUGCAGUGGGAGUUAAAAUCACUAGCAGAACCGGAUGACCCGUAUCCAACAGUGAUCGGCAAGACUGUAUGCACCAGUGAUUUCUAUGAAGGCCAAGGACGUAUGGACGGAGCAUUUUGCGACUUCACAGAAGAAGAAAAAAUGGAAUAUUUAGAAAAAUUGAAAUUUAAUGGUGUGAGGAAUAUCGAGAUGGAAUCUUUAGCUUUCGCAGCGCUCACGCACCAUGCAGGAAUUAAAGCAGCCGUAGUUUGUGUCACUCUGUUGGAUCGGUUAAAGGGAGAUCAGAUCCAUUACCCCAAAGAGGUGUUGGACGAAUGGCAGCAAAGACCGCAGAAAUUGGUAUGCCGUUAUAUAAAGAAAUAUCUUUCAAAACGUGGUUUGAUUUUGAACAAUCACUGUGGAUCGGUGAACGUCAAGAGCCCGAGGAGGUUUAAGCUUGUCCAACAAGAAUCCGAAAGUUAUGACUAAAUCAAACGAUUCAAUACAAUACACUUACGAACGUGCGCCUCAGCACGAUACGCGUCUAAAUAAUGUAAUAUACUAUAACUGUUGAUGAUUAAAUACUACCUAUCUAUACACGAUAGUAUACGUAUUUAUAUGAUUUAGGUACGCGGAUUCGUGUUGAACAAUGCUAUUUUAUUCCAACUAUUUCUUCUUUUUAAAAACUUUUUCAUACUUAUUAUUAUUAUACUCUAUCUUUAUAUCAUACACUUAUAUAUAUUAAAU